AUGUGCGCCUGGGAAGGGCCGCGAGACGAACGCCCCCGUGUUGUCACUUCCAGCACCAAGCACGCUGUUGUGGUGUGGUGGUCGAUGGUUGGCUCGAAGCUGUGCUUCGACGGAGUGUCCGAAAUGCCAGAUCAUUCCGGAGGGGUUAUUUCUUUGUCUAGCUUUUUCGAACUAGUCAUGUCGUGCCACGUUGGCGGCAGUUUGGUGCAGUGGCAUGGUUUGAGCCGCACGUGCAUCAGGCGCAUUCAGAGCAGCACAGUCUGCUCUUGCAGUUUGGCAAUGGUUAAUGACAAGGUGGUGCUUGCACAGGCCUUCGCAACUAAAGGCCGCGGGAACUACAGUAGCAUCCACUUUGCGGCCUUUGCGCACUUGCGUCAGGAAGAAGGCGUGCAGGUGGUGAAGGAGCCCAAGAAAGAGAAGGCAGCGAAGAUGUUUGCCCACAAGUCACGCGGAGGUCGGAAGAAUUUCGAAUGUAAGAAAACUGGCCGCCAUACCUCAUGA